CUGAAAACAAGCAUACUGCACAAACUCCUUAGUGGGCUGGAUAAAAACAUCAGCGGUUGGAUUUGCAGUCAGUCAGUCUCAUCGGCAGUGGAAGAUGAAACUCUUACUGCUUCUUUGUGUUUUUCAUCGCUGCUGUUUGGCAGGUGCUCAGGAAAAGACGUACCUGAUCACUGCUCCUAAACUCCUCCGACUGGAUGCGUCUGAGAAAGUGGUGAUUCAGCUGUUUGGCUAUACCCAAGAAGCCAAUGUCCAUGUUUACUUGAAAAGCUCUAUGGACGCAUCCCAUAUAAAAUAUGCUGAUCAGUUUGUGACCCUCAACACCCAGAAUGGCUUCCUGGAGGCUGCCACAUUGAGGAUUUUCCCUAGUACGUUCCUUAAGGAUGCCACUCAUGCAUACCUUGAAGUUAUAGUUCCAGAACAGUUUGCGCAGCACGUGAAGAUACCAGUCUCUCGUAAAAAUGGCUUCCUCUUCAUUCAGACUGACAAAGGCAUUUAUACCCCAGAACAAUCAGUGAAAGUGCGAGCAUUCUCUCUCAAUGAAGAUCUGCAGCCAGCCCUUCGACCUGUGACUCUAACUUUCAGGGACCCAGAGUUACAGAAGGUGGAAAUUGUAGACAUGACAGAUGUCAAUGGAAUCCCAUCAAUGCAAAAUCCUUUCAAAAUCCCUCUAAAACCUAAGUUAGGUAUCUGGAUAAUUGAAGCUUCUUACACAGAUGAGUUCACCACAAAAAACAAAGCUGAAUUUGAAGUCAAAGAAUACGUAUUACCCAGUCUAUCCAUCCACAUGCAGCCACAGGCUAACUACAUCAGUUUCGGUACUUUUGAAGCUUUUAAGAUCAAGAUAUCCGCCAGGUAUAUUCAUGGUGCUCCAGUUGCAAAUGCAGAUGUAUUCCUACGGUUUGGAUACAUUGGGAAAACAACUGUCAUCCUACACAAAUCAGUGAGAAGAGAGCAAAUGACAGAAAGUGGUGACGUGGAGGUGUGCAUAAACAUGAAGAAAGCUCUAUCACUUGAAGAUGGACCCAAAGAACUGGAAGGGAUGGUGGAAAAGUUCCUGUAUUUGGCUGUGAUGGUACAAGAGCCAACUGGUGGUAUCUCCCAGGAAGCUGAGAUGGCCAAUGUGAAGUUCCUAAAGUCCCCGUACAGACUGAGUCUUGUCGCUACUCCUCCUUUCAUCAAACCAGGACUGCCAUACGCUAUCAGGGUGUCAGUCAAGGACCACUUGGGGGAACCUGUGGCAUUGGUACCAGUGAAGUUGGUGAAUUCCUUCAUCAAAAACAAACUUGGUGUAGACGAAAAACUUCAGUGUCCUACACUGACAGUGGAUAACAGUAAGAGGACCAAGGACGAUGGGAUUGCUCUUUUUAUUUGCAACCUUCAUUCUGAAGCUGAGAGUGCAAGAUUUAUUUUCAAGACUGCUGAUGAAAGGUUACCCUUCGGUAGUCAAGCGGAAUAUACACUUGAAGCCAAGGCAUACUCGUCCCCCAACGAACGCUACUUGUACAUUGAUUUGCCGUCCGAUUACUCCGGCCUUCAAGUUGGACAACAUGUCAGCAUUCAAAUCUACUUCCAUGCUCGCAGCUACCUCCGAAUUGAGACUUUCAGCUACCAGAUCAUCUCGAGGGGUAAGAUAGUGAAGUUUGCUUCUGAAAAGCGUCUCCAAGGUACAGGUUCCCAAGCCAUUAGUUUCACAGUGACCUCAGACAUGGUGCCAUCAAUACGCCUGCUAGUCUACUACAUACUGUAUGGGGAGAAGACACCUGAGCUGGUUGCCGACUCAGUGUGGAUAGAUGUCAAGGACAAAUGUGUCAAUGCACUUAAGACAGAGCUCUCAUUUCGUAAGAAGGACUACAAGCCUAAGGAUGAACUGAUAUUUGAAGUGAAAACUGGGCAGGAUUCCCUGGUGGCCUUAUCUGCUAUUGACACUGCUGUCUACUCACUUAGAGCCCCACUCCAGGACCCAGUGACAAGAGUGCUCCGACACAUUGAGCAAAGUGACCAAGGGUGUGGAGGAGGAGGUGGCAAAGAUAAUGCUGAUGUCUUCCGUCUCACCGGACUCACUUUUAUAACCAAUGCAAAUGCUCAGGCUUCCCAAUCUGAAGAUGACACAUGCACUGCUUCUGUGAGACCAAAGCGUGCCCUCUCUUAUGACCAACAGAAAGAGAAAGCCAAACAAUAUGGCAGGGACUUUUUCUGCUGCUGGCAGGGAUUGCAUCAAAUCCCAACCCUGGAUACCUGUGCUCACCGUGCCAAUAGACUUAAGGUUAAACUACCCAGUGAUGUGAAGAAGUGUCGUGCGGUGUUCACUGAGUGCUGUGAAUACAGCCUACAGCUUCUCCAAACCAGUAGUGAUCAUGUCUUGGCACGUGUUGAGAUGGCUAUUCUCUUUGACCUGAUGCCCACUCAGAUACGCAGCUACUUCCCAGAGAGCUGGCUAUGGGAAGUACAACCAGUCAGGUCAGGGCAGAUUACCUUGAACAGAAAUCUCCCAGACUCUCUGACCACUUGGGAGAUAAAAGCUGUUGGCGUGUUCAAGAAGGAGGGGAGCUCAGGGAUCUGUGUGGCGGACCCCAUCAAGGUCUCAGUUACUCAGGCAGUGAGUGUAGAUGUGCCCCUGCCCUAUUCCAUGGUGCGUGGAGAGCAGAUCGAGCUGCGAGGCUCCGUCUAUAACCAGGCAGAAUACAAUAUUAAGUAUUGUGUAACUCUGACCGCUGGGGCAGGGGUGUGCCUGUUCCAAGGAAAACCAACGAAAGAUGACGGCAUAAAGACUACCAACUGUGACAAGACCACUCUGUUGGAAAGCGGCUCAGUUGGUCUUGUCACCUUCACUCUCAUGGCCUUGGAAGUGGGGAGUCACACUCUCACAUUCACCUUACGCACUGACAAGCCAAGGUUCAACGACCAAAUUGUGAAGACGAUCCGUGUAGUGCCUGAAGGCAUCAGGACUGAGGAACUCAGCGGAGGAAAACUGGACCCACAGGGUCUUUAUGGCACCGCCAGCAGGAAGAUAGAACUCAGUAAUACCAUUCCUUCACAACUGGUGCCUAAGACCUCUGUGGAACGUCUCCUUACUAUUAAUGGUGAGAUUUUGGGAGAGGUGCUGGCUAUCUUGAACAACCCUGAUGGCCUGCGCCAGCUUGUCAACCUACCCAGUGGCUCCGCUGAGGGCGAGAUCAUGAGAGUUCUCCCCAUCUACUUUGUCUAUCACUACCUGGAGACCACGGGCCGUUGGGACAUCAUGGGCCUAGAGGAACACAACAGUCCCCUGGAGCUUAAGAGGAAGAUCAGAGAGGGCAUCACAAGCAUCCUAUCUUUUAAGAGGCCUCGUGAAUUUAGUUACAGCAUGUGGAAAGACAAGGAGGCUAGUACAUGGUUAACAGCUCUUGUGGUGAAGACUUUGGGACAGGUGGACAAAUACGUCAAAGUAGACAGUGACAUGUUGCUUAACUCCCUCUUCUGGCUGAUCUACAAGGCUCAAAAUGAUGAUGGUUCCUUCCGUGAAUUCUCCUUCUGUCCUAGAGUACAGGGUGCAAGUGUAGAUUCCGUGGAUCAAUCAGUAUUCUUUACAUCCUUCGUCAUGAUUGGGAUCAAGACUGCCAUGGCGGUGGAAAAUUGUGGCUUGCUGGAGAUUAGUUUGGCUCUGAAACGUGCUGCUGGCUACAUCUCUGAUCAUGCUCCCCGGGUGAAAAGCCUGUAUGCGAAAGCUGUGGCUGCCUAUGCUCUCACACUGAACGACAGGGACAGCAUGCAAUCCGUGAUCCUGUAUGAUGGCCUUGAGAAGCAAGCCAGGGAAAAAGGAAACCCAGUUGAAUAUCGUUACUGGCAUGAGAUAGAUGCCCGUCUGAACCCGCUAAAGCCUGACAAGGCAUCGGCCCAGGCCGUGGAGACCACCUCCUACGUCCUACUCACAGGCUUGAUCAAAGCCAAACACAACUACGCCCUGCCCAUCAUCAACUGGCUGACCCAGGACCAGCGCUAUGGAGGGGGCUUUCACUCAACUCAGGACACUAUUCUCACCCUAGAGGCUCUGACUGAGUACAGCAGAGUGGUCAAAUAUACCAAGCUGGAUCUGGUGAUUGAGGCGUCCUACAUAAAGACGAGGGAACAACUGGGGAAAAUUGUGCUCACCCAGAAGAAACCUGUCGGUAAACCAAUAGAGGUGACUGAGGAUAAAGAUGUCAGAGUGUCCACAGGCUUUGGUACAGGAGUCUCCAUUGUCCAGAUGAAAACCGUUUAUUAUAAAACAACAGAGACCAACAAAAACUGCAAAUUUGACAUUUCCAUUGAAGUGCAUCAUCCUAACAAAAAGUCCAAAGAUACUAUGCUGCAUUCGUCUCGAAUUGUCGCAUGUGCAAAAUACAAUCCCCCUCCAAACGAGGUAUUCACUGACUCCAGCCACACAGUCAUGGAAAUCCAACUACCCACUGGGGUGCAACCCUUUCAAGAAGAUCUGAAUAUGUUUCGGGAUGGACUGGAAUCUGUGAUAUCUGACUACAAGAUCACAGGAGACAAGGUUGUGCUUCAGCUGGACUCGGUCCCCUUUGACCAAUUCGUCUGUGUGGGAUUCCGUAUAAAAGAACUCUUUCGAGUUGGCAUGGUCAGUGCUUCCUUGUUUAAAAUCUACGAGUACAAUGAUCAAGAGAGCCAAUGUUCCAAGCUCUACUCCCCUCCUAUAGAAACCAAGCUACUGCGGCUUUGUGUAGGGGAACAGUGCCACUGCAUGGCAGCGGAAUGCUGCAACUUCAAAUCAGAGAUGGAUCCCAGCAUCACUGCUGAGAAAAGAAGACAAACUACCUGCCGUGACAAUAUAAAAUAUGCUUUCAAGGUAAAAAUCAAAUCCAUUGCGGAAGAAGGUGAUUUUAGUACUUAUGUGGCAAAUGUGGAGGAUCCCUUCAAACGGGGGUUGGACAAUGUCAAUAUCAACACAGAGGUGGAAUUUGUCAAAAAGGCCAGUUGCAGUUCUGUGGAUAUGAAGAUUGGUGGGCAGUACCUGAUCAUGGGUGCAGACAGCAUGCAGAUACGAGUUGGCAGAAGUUAUAAGUAUAGAUACCCUUUGGAUUCCCAGGCUACAGUUGAGAUGUGGCCAACUGCAUGUGAGGGAAGUCCCGCCUGCACUAAAUAUGUAGACAUUCUGAAUGAUUAUGCAGAACGUGUUCUAUUUGAAGGCUGUUAAAGGGGCACUUCACCCUUUUUCAACACCAAAUUCAUAAUCUCCAGCACCAAGACAAAAAACGGCAGGUUUAAGUCAGGAGACACUGACAUCAUCUGGUGUGCAUCACAUGACAACUAUGAGCAGGCAAAGGUUGCUUUAGACACAUUUAGGCAUUUUUUGUUUAUAGCAGCUAAAUAUAAAAGGAAACAGCAAGAUACUAACUCCGAAAGACACAACAUAAUUUUAUGAUAUGGUGUUUUUAGGAUUAUUAGGAAUACAUAACCGUGCCAUAGGUCUCAAAUUUUGUACAAAUAAACAGAUGAUAUGGA